UCAGCUCCGACUCUCUGCUUCGCAUUUUUGAUCCAAGAAAGAAAAAAAAAGGAAAGAACAACGAAACACUCUCUCUCGGUUCGCCUCGUAUUACCAAACCCUAACCCUAAAAAAUUGGUUGUGAUUCGUUCUGGUAAGGGCUUGGCGAUUGAUCGUGAUGGAUCCACAGCAGAGUAACCUCUAUGAGACUGCGUCGCAGCCCGACACAGGCACCGAUGCAUACACUUUCCUUGAAUUUAAUACACAGGGCGAAUCCGACUUCGACUACCCUGAAUUCCGGUCCCAGGUGGCCUGGCCGACGCCCUCUGAUUCUCUCACCGCCUCGUCUUUAGAGCCCACCUCUGACCACCGUGGGGGCACAUCAUUAUCGUCCGAUCACCACUCUGAGUCCCCUGUUGUGUCUCCUGUGUCCUCGUCCACUGCAAAGGGUGGUGGGCGCGGUGGAGGAGCAGGCGGGAAUAGCAGUAGUGCAGUGGAGGCUCUAGGAGCUGGGAUGAGUGGGUUGAAUUUUGAGGAGACUGGGGAUGACGACGGGUAUGAGUUCGGAAAAGGGGAAUUCACCGAGCAUGCCUGUAGGUAUUGUGGGGUGUCUAACCCUGCCUGUGUGGUACGGUGUAACGCUCCGUCUUGCCGCAAAUGGUUCUGUAAUUCAAGAGGGAACACGUCUGGCUCGCAUAUUGUGAAUCACCUAGUCCGAGCAAAGCACAAGGAAGUUUGUCUCCACAAAGACAGUCCUUUGGGAGAAACUAUUCUUGAAUGCUACAAUUGCGGCUGUCGGAAUGUUUUCCUUCUUGGAUUUAUUUCAGCCAAGACAGAGAGUGUUGUUGUUCUUCUCUGCAGAGAACCUUGCUUGAGUGUCAAUGCGUUGAAGGAUAUGAAUUGGGACCUGAGUCAGUGGUGUCCCCUGAUUGAUGAUAGAUGUUUUCUUCAGUGGCUUGUAAAGAUCCCAUCUGAACAGGAACAGUUGAGGGCACGCCAAAUUAGUGCGCAACAAAUUAACAAGGUAGAAGAGCUUUGGAAGACUAAUCCUGAUGCUACCCUUGAAGACCUUGAGAAGCCCGGGGUGGAUGAUGAGCCUCAAUCUGUAGCCGUAAAGUAUGAAGAUGCAUAUCAGUAUCAAAAUGUAUUUGCUCCACUUAUUAAGCUUGAAGCUGACUAUGAUAAAAUGAUGAAAGAAUCUCAGAGUAAGGACAAUGUCACAGUUCGAUGGGAUAUCGGUCUUAACAAAAAGCGUAUUGCAUACUUUGUAUUUUCGAAGGAGGACAAUGAGUUGCGCCUCGUUCCUGGUGAUGAGCUGCGGCUGCGUUACUCUGGAGAUGCAGCUCAUCCAGCUUGGCAGUCUGUUGGACAUGUGAUCAAGCUAACCACACAAGAGGAGGUAGCACUUGAGCUUCGUGCUAAUCAGGGCGUUCCUAUUGAUGUGAACCAUGGUUUUAGUGUUGAUUUUGUAUGGAAGAGUACAAGCUUUGACAGGAUGCAAACAGCUAUGAAAACUUUUGCUGUAGAUGAAACAAGUGUCAGUGGAUAUAUAUAUCAUCAUUUGUUGGGUCAUGAAGUUGAGGCUCAACUGGUUCGUAAUACUCUACCUCGUCGUUUCGGUGCUCCAGGCCUCCCUGAGUUGAAUGCAUCUCAGGUUUUUGCUGUGAAAAGUGUUCUUCAGAAGCCUAUCAGUCUGAUUCAAGGACCGCCUGGCACAGGCAAGACUGUCACUUCUGCUGCAAUUGUUUAUCACAUGGCCAAACAGGGCCAGGGACAGGUUCUGGUUUGUGCUCCAAGUAAUGUAGCUGUAGACCAGUUGGCUGAGAAAAUAAGUGCCACUGGCUUAAAGGUUGUCAGGCUUUGUGCAAAAUCAAGAGAAGCUGUGAGCUCUCCUGUUGAGCAUCUGACCCUCCACUAUCAGGUUCGUCACCUCGACACAUCUGAAAAGAGUGAACUUCACAAGUUGCAACAACUGAAAGAUGAACAGGGAGAACUGUCUAGCAGUGACGAGAAAAAGUACAAGGCACUAAAGCGAGCUACAGAGAGGGAGAUUUCUCAAAGUGCAGAUGUGAUUUGCUGCACCUGUGUGGGCGCUGGAGAUCCUCGAUUAUCUAACUUUAGGUUCCGCCAGGUACUUAUUGAUGAAUCGACUCAGGCAACAGAACCCGAGUGUCUUAUUCCUUUGGUUCUUGGGGCAAAGCAGAUUAUUCUUGUUGGUGACCAUUGCCAGCUUGGUCCAGUCAUCAUGUGCAAGAAAGCGGCACGUGCUGGGCUAGCUCAGUCUCUCUUUGAACGCCUUGUUAUGCUAGGAGUGAAACCAAUUAGGCUGCAGGUUCAAUACCGAAUGCACCCAUCUCUGUCAGAAUUCCCUUCUAAUAGCUUUUAUGAAGGUACCCUGCAAAAUGGAGUUACAAUUAAUGAAAGGCUAUCAUCAGGCAUUGAUUUCCCGUGGCCUGUGCCUAAUCGUCCCAUGUUUUUCUAUGUCCAGAUGGGACAAGAAGAAAUAAGUGGCAGUGGUACAUCCUAUUUAAAUCGUACUGAGGCUGCAAAUGUUGAAAAGAUUGUAACCACCUUUUUGAGGACUGGUGUAGUCCCUAGUCAGAUUGGGGUGAUAACUCCAUAUGAGGGGCAAAGAGCAUAUAUUGUAAACUAUAUGUCCAGAAAUGGUGCUCUCAGACAGCAACUUUACAAGGAAAUUGAGGUUGCAAGUGUUGAUUCAUUUCAAGGAAGGGAAAAGGAUUACAUCAUUUUAUCUUGUGUGAGGAGUAAUGAACAUCAGGGCAUUGGAUUUCUUAAUGAUCCUCGUAGGCUGAAUGUGGCAUUAACACGUGCACGAUAUGGUAUUGUCAUUCUUGGGAACCCUAAAGUUCUCAGCAAGCCGCCGUUAUGGAAUAGCUUGUUGUCUCACUAUAAGGAGUAUGAGUGCUUGGUAGAAGGGCCUUUAAAUAACUUGAAGCAGAGUAUGGUUCAAUUUGAAAAACCCAAAAAGAUCUACAAUGACAGGAGACUUUUCUUUCUUGGUGGACCUGGUGUUGUACUUAAUGGCAACUUUGGGUCCAGUGCAUUAUCUACCCCAAGUGCUGAUAGAAGCAGCAGCCGUUCUAGGGGUUCUUAUAUGCCACCUGGACGUCCUAACGGUACCCACAAGCCUGGAGUUCAUCCUGCUGGGUUUCCUAUGCCCCGUGUUCCGAUUUCACCAUUUCAUGGUGGUCCACCUUCUCAACCAUAUGCUAUUCCAAGACGUGGAGCUGUGCAUGGACCAGUUGGAGCCGUCCCUCAUGUCCCUCCACCAGGAAGUCAAGGGUUUGGUCCCGGGCGUGGCAGUGCUGGUGCUCCCAUAGGCAGUCAUCUUCCUCACCAUCAAGGUACACAGCAAACUAUUGGAAAUAUUGGGACUAAUUUCAAUUUUCCUGCCCUUGAGAAUUCAAAUAGUCAGCCAUCUGUUGGAGGUCCAUUGUCUCAGCCUGGUUACAUUAACAAUAUGCCAGUUCAAGGUCAAAGCCAAACAUUUCGAGAGGGAUUUUCCAUGGGGGGCAUGUCACAGGACUUCUUGGGCGAUGACUUCAAGAGCCAGGGAUCACACGUUCCUUAUAACGUUGCUGAUUUCUCAACUCAGGCUUCUCAGAAUGGAUAUGCUGUCGAUUAUGUUACACAAGGAGCACAAGGUGGUUUUCCGGGAAACUUCCUUAACCAGAAUUCUCAAGCUGGAUAUUCCGGUUUUGGUUCUGGAAAUGAUUUCAUGUCCCAGGACUACAUGACUCAUGGAUCACAAGGGCUCUUCACUCAGGUUGGCUUUAAUGACCCUUCACUAGAUGAAUCGUCACAAAAUCGCUUUGGUGUGGCCAAUCCCAAUUCACACUCGUCCCAGGGCUUGAUGAAUUCUCUCUACUCCCAGCCUUUUGCCCAUUACAACACACAGCCACUUAACUUGCAGGCUUCACAACCGCAGCCUCAGCAGGGUCAAGGCUCUCAAAACCAGAACCAACAUUACAAUGGUUGAGAGGCCUUGGGGGCACUUGUUUGUGAUGGGUUAGUCUUCGUGUUCAGCCACUUGGUUUGUGCUGUCAUGUGUGCCUAAAUAUAUUCUGCUCUAAUUGGAAGCAGCAAUUGCUGUGCUUUUGGAGGCCAGGCUGUCUCGUUACGGAAUGCAUAGUAGCUACUGGAAUUUGGAAAUAAGUCAGCAAGGCUACUGGCCCAAGGAAAUCAGGGCAGCACAUCCGAGGCUAAUAACAAAAGGAUAACCCCGAAUUAUGUGCUUCAACUUGUGUUUUGAGAGCGUAUUUCCAAGGGAAUGAGCAUUACAUGGCACGGUUUUGUCCGAAGGGGUUGGUCUUUGAGGAGGAAAGCCCGCUUGAUUCACUUAGGUGGACCCAUUAUUCAUAGGGAAGCAGCUUAACAUUUGAAUUUUGUACAGCAAGCUGUGGAAGGUAAAGGCCAACCCUUUCAGCCCUUCCUGACAUGUAACUUCACUCUCUAACGAUAUUGUUGAUCCGACGAUGACGAUAUCUUAGUAGUGUGUCCGGUCCUGGGUGCAUUUAGUAUAGUCAGCUGGUAUAUAAACGUGUCGUCCCAUUUGUUUUAUGGGGACUGAAGUUAAAAAGUGUCCUUAAAUUGUGAGGAAAACAUAGUACGAAGUUACGAGUAAAUUAUGAUUCCAGUGGUGGUUUGUUUAUGGUGCUCUUCAUUUUGUGUUUACCAUGUGAUUGAUAACGUGCUUAAGGCUGAAUGUGUUGCAGAGGGCAGCGGACCCAAAAGUUGGGACAAAAGAGGUGGAUCUUGGAUUUUAAAAAUUAACGGUCGAAAAUCGGUACAGGAUAACAGUGGUACAUAGUGCAGUGGUCUGUUUAUAUUUUUCUACAAGUUCUAUGAUAAAAAUACGUUUCCAUUGUGGAUCAUCCGAACAUAAAAUGAAAUUGGUAAAUUAGUUUUUCG